GAAGUGAUCAGCUACAUGCGUUUUGCUCGUUUCAAGCGUGGCCGGUGCCUCAAAACAGUGGAUUCUUGUUUCCAGGACCUUAAGGACAGCAGACUGGUUGAGGAGACCUUCACAGUUGAUGAGGUGACAGACAUGCUGGAUGGACUGCAGACUGUUGUGCACAGUGAAGUGGAGUCAGAGCUCAUAAACACAACCUAUACCAACGUGCUGCUUCUGCGGCAGCUCUUCUCGCAGGCUGAGAAGUGGUACCUCAGGCUGCAGACAGAUGUCUCGGACUUGGAGAACCGAGAACUGUUGGAACAGGUUGCUGAAUUUGAAAAGUCAGAAUUUACGUCUUCGAACAAGAAGCCCAGUGCGGAUCUCAUUAAGCCCAAACUGGCUCCAUUAAAUGAAGGUGGGUCAGAGCUGCUAAACAAGACAGUUGCUUGUCUCCAAGAAGAAAAUGAGAAAUUGAAGGCCAGGCUCAGGACCAUAGAAACACAGGCUACAGCUGCGCUAGAUGAGAAGGUCAAGCUAGAGAAGUCACUGAAGGAGUUACAGGUGAUCCAAGGAGAUCAAAAGGGGUUUAUUAAAUCCUGUAUAACUGAUGCAAACCAGGAUAUUACUGAACUGGAAAAUAAAGUGGCAACUUUGAAGUGCCAGUUUGAGAAGACUUUGAAUGAUGCUACUGAAAACCAAAAAUUCUUGGAAGACAACUUAGUGACAACAAAACAUGACCUGCUUAAGGUUCAGGAUCAGCUAUCCACAGCUCAGAAGGAGCUGGAGAAGAAAUUUCAGCAAACAGCUGCCUACCGCAACAUGAAAGAGAUCCUCAGCAAGAAGAAUGAGCAGAUAAAGGAUCUGCGUAAGAAGCUGGCCAAAUAUGAGCCAGAGGACUAA